GAAAAUGCCGCGCGAUCACAAUCAGUAUCCUCGUCCCGAGAGGUCUCAGAAGAACCCGAAUUAGUAACGACACCCGAGAAAUUACCUAGAAUGUCUACCGAUCUUGACGGGGCUAGAGAGGAGAAGAAAAAGCGUCGACUAUCAUCUCCUUUUCACCGUUCAAGUCGUCCAAGAUCGAGACCAUCUAGCAUCGUACUGCCCAAGAAUACGCAUUUAGACUUUAGUUCUGGCGAAACACCAAGAAACACUCCAUCUCGUGAGACACCUUCUCCCGAGGGCAACAGACCUCAUUCCUACCAUGCACCAGAUUCUUGGAAUGUGGUACCCGAUUCCCAGCAACCGGCGGAUCAAGCUACUCCGCCAGGAGGCGGGUUGCAAGCUCCUGAGCGCCUUGGUGUUCUUCCCUCUCCCGCAAAGAGCGCAUUCUCGCUGCUUCCCCAAGACAAGGACGGAGACAUUCCCCCAGUUCCUCCAAUUCCUAAUUGCAUGGAGGAUGGACAAAAAGGCCGGGGUAGCCAAGAUAGCACCAACGCCAGUCACAGAGUCCUCCAAUCUAUAAUCAGGCAUUCCACACCACCGACGACAGAGACCUCAAAAUUAAGAGAGUCUCCAGUCUCCGCGAACGAGAAGGUCGAGGGGGGAACUCUUCCACAAGACAUCUCUGCCAGCGCUCGAGAAAGCGGAAAACUGUCAAAGCCGGAGCAGAUAGAGGACGAUGAUGACCAACCACCGCAGUUGAACCAUGAGCUAGCACCACCCAUGGUCCUCCGUCAACCGCCUGGCAAGGGACAGAAUAUCUCGCCCCCAUCGGCCAUAACUACUUCUGAUGUCGGAGAAAUUUCGCCUGUGGUGUCAUCUACAGGGCUAGAACGCGACGAUGGGGACGAUGAUGACCGGCCCCCGAGACUAGAGCUUGACUUUCUAACACUAGACACUCAGCAAGUCAGGGGCGAUGUAAGCCCGAUGAUUAUGGCACAAUCGCUUGCCGUAGGUUGUGAGGGCGACGGCCCGCACACCCCUGUCGCUGCCGCGGCUUUUGCGCAACGCGAUGUGCGACCAGCGUAUGAGACAGAGCAAAUCGGCGCGGGCGACGUGUCGCCCAUCUCAUUACACGCUCGGGACGAGGAACCCACGCCGACAAAACCAAGCGAGCGCCCGCAAAUUGAGCCAACAGAAAGGCAGGCAGAUGAAGUUGAAGGGGAGGAUGGCACUCCGGAGAAGGCCGCGUUAGUCGCGCAGGCUCCAAUACGAGCCCCGCUUGAUGCAGGUGAGGGUCGCCUAGCUGCGCCACCACCGGUCGCCACGCAGCAGCGCCAAUCUGUGUCUCCAUAUCAGGUCGUCCACGCAGUCCAGUACGUCCCAUCACAUUCUUCUCUAGAAUCAUGGGAACAGGACAGUGUCGUCGCGCCGUCGCAGUCAGAUGGGAGCCAGCUGGGCGAUAAGGUGGAAGAAGCCCACAUCCCGCCCGUGCCGCAGAUCCCGAGCAACAUCCAGCACCAGGAGAAGGCUGAGGCGAUUGAGCUGCCUCCAGAGCUAGAGCAGAAGACUUUGAAAAUCGCAACUUCAGAUGCUUACGAGCAGGAGCAUCCUCCCACUUCCGAGUCAGUUGCGCCAGAUAUGCAGCAAUCACCAAUGACUGAACCGGCGAACCCGGGAGGCCACAAGCGCUCUCAAUCUCUGCUAUCGGUCAUUUCAUCCGCAGUGUCAGCAGAGGGAGCUCCAAAAUCACCAGCAUCCGAUCAUGCCGUGAGGUCGAGGCCGUCCAGUGCCAACCGACAGCUGCAUAGCGCGAAAGGCUCACCAGUCCCUCCACAGAUUGCAGAAGAAGCCGCUCCUACAGAACCAAAAAGUCUUGCUCCUCCCAAUGAUGAUGAGUAUGACCUUUAUGCCGAUCAUAAUGGCAUCGUCAAGGACGUGCACGACGAAAGGGGCCAGCCAUUACGGGUCACAACAGUACAACCUCCGAACCCUACCGAAACUCCACCACAAGUGCCCACAAUUGCCCACCCUCAACAGACGCCACAGGUUCAGGAGGAAGACGUGGCAAGGUACAGUGAUGAGCGGCCUAUGAGCUUUGUUUCCGUUCCUCGAGAUGCGAAUGGCAGGCCCCAAGAGCAGAUCAACAGACCAGCAGCAGCGCCAGCAGAGAUAGAUAUACCACCCAUUCCCCAGAUUCCAACCCAGCUACAAGGACAAGCCCAACCUCAGGAUCGUAUAGAUACUAGACCACCGCAUUCCCAACCGGUCCCGCAACCCGAUCCAGGCCGCGAGUCACAAUCCACUCCAGACAGAUAUUCAGGACGGCAGAAUGUUUCUCCUCUUCAAAACAAUCAGUUGCCCCAACAAGUUCGAACUCCUCCACAUAGCACCGUCUCUCCACCCCCACCGAGCAAUGCAUCUCCGCCACAGCCUACACCUCCGCCUAGUCUUGCUCAAAGGCCACUUCUCCAGGAUCCACGGAUGCAAGGCCAGCAGCAGGACCCUAGAAUGCAGGACCCUCGCAUGCAGGAUCCACGAGUAGCACGAGAUCCCCGGAUUAUGCAAGAUCCACGAAUGAUGCAAGAUCCACGCAUGAUGCAGGACCCACGAUUGGUGCAGGAUCCACAAAUGAUGCAAGAUCCAAGGAUGCAAGACCCUCGAUUUAUAGCGGAUUUGCGAAUGCGCGGCAUAAUCCCAGGGCAGCCAUAUCCUCCCCAAGACCCGCGAGCGCAGAUGCAAAUGCCAGGGCAAAUGUAUGUCAAAGAUCCUCGUAUGCAAGGACUUGGGCCUCCUCCAACACCAAGAAAUCAAUUCGAGCUUCAACAACAAAUGAUACAUCGUCAAGCAAUGGAUCCUCGCUUUCGCGGCUCUGAAUAUCAUCUUCCAGGGGUUGGGCCGCCGCGGCCAGGCGCACAACCUACCAAGCAAGAAGAAAAGUCUUCAUCACGACCGAAGCUUGGAUCGGUCUUCAAAAGUCUUGGCAGUAAAUCUUCGACGACUCCUCCAGCCUCAAUUCCUCCGAAUAAUCGAGUCAAUCCGACCCUUACUGCCCCCAAUGGCCAGAAUCGCAACUUCUCGUACCAAUCAAGCGUAGGAGAUCUCCCCAUAGAGCAAGCCGCUAUGAAGAAGGAACGAAAACCAAGCGUGCUUGGGUCGCUAGCCAGUCGUCCUCAAAGCGUAGGACAGGAAUCGCACAUCAGUCAGGAAAGCACUGCUGCCCAAGCAGCUUCUUCGCGUCUAGAUUUAAGAUAUCCAACAAGUCCAGCGCCUUUCAAAGGUAUCCCGCCAAUGCAACCGCCACCUGGCGCUCCUGUUCCCCCAAAACAACCACAGCCGCAGCGCUCGGCUACAUCCGGGACCCCGGAAGCAGGGAAGAAAAAGAGGUUCUCAGCUCUAGGCAGCCUAUUCAGUCGCAGCGGAACGACUGGGCAUGCGGUUCCGUCGAAAACAAAGUUGUCAAAAGAAGAAAAGAAGGCCCAAAAAGCGCAAAAGCACAACACUGUACCCCCAAUGCAGCCUCCACCAGCACAACAAUGGCCACAACAGCAACAACAGUUGAGACCUCAGCAAUAUAUCAUGCAGUAUGGCCCACCUCCAGGGGCGCCGCGCCCAUUUCCAGGGAUGCAAGGUAUCCCGCAAGCUAUACCACCCCAAGCUAUGUCACCUCAAGGGCGUCCAUCCCAGGGAAUUUCACCCCAGGGGGUGCCCCCACAGCGUAUUCCUUCACAAGGCUACCGGCUACAACAACAGCAACAGCCACCACAGCGUCCUGGGCCUAAUGAAUCCGCCUAUAUGGCUACAAGACAGUUUGCCCAGGAACCACUAUCACAGCAACCGGUCCCACAAGAAACCCAGCAAGUUCCUCAAAGCUCUCGUCCUGGAGCAUCUACUCAAGCUCCAUCCUUCGAGCAUACUAUUCAGCGUCCCGAAGGGUCCGGGGAAGGUCUCCCUCUAGAUGGUUAUUACACCCCUGAAAAGAAGCGCUGGUCUCACGGCCAUGGAGCAGCUGGCUUCGCGGCGAUUGAGCAGCAGCAGCAGACUGUAUCUGCACAGAAUCCCCCAAACCAACGUCGUGUAUCAUCUCCAGCAUCUGCUCAUGGGUCCAAUACUGCCAUAUCACCCGUCUCUCAGCGCCGCGUGAGUUCACCUCAGACAGAGCCUCGAUAUGAGACACCCCAGAUUCCUGCCGCAUAUAAUCAUGUAUCUGGCACCUACAUUUCGAAUGGCGUUCAACUUCCUGCCCAGGAUCCACAGCCCGGUCGUCCUUCCCCUAUUCCGGCCAGCGGUACGUCGGAUCGACAGUACUCCGAUCCCCAGAUGCAGCCAAUAUCACCUCAAGUAUCAGAACAGUCACAGAUAGUGCCGAGUGAGCGCACGCAAUCCAAUGCCAGUAUUUCCUCUGUUGUCUCGCCUGUCUCAAACCCACCUCCCGGCAUGCCAUCUGCUCAACUCAUAUCUAGCCAAAGGGCUCAAAAGCCGAGAAUGAGUAGUAUUUCGGAGGCGACACAUCAAGAACGGCCGUGGAAUUUGAACCUACCAGAAGGAGCCACAGAGCAAGAGAUUGUCCGUGCCCGCCACCAACAACAUAUGGAACAGAUCUACCAACAGCAAAUGGCUACCCAACAACAGUUGCAGGCUGAAAGGAACGGCCAAUCGCCCUCCCCACAUCCAUCUCUUCAGGCUCAGUCACCGAGCCCCCACCCAUCACAAUCUUCUCAACAGCCCCAGCAGGUCCCGCCUAGUGUCAUGCAAGGCUUCCGUGAAGUCUUACCUCGUGGGUCGCCUCAGCCAUACUCGAUACCCCAGCAGCAACAACAUCCGCCGGCGCCUCAUUACGAACGCCGUGAUCAACAGCAACAACAACCGCCUUACCAUUCGCGUACGCCUCAGCCGCUUCAACCUGCGCCAAUCCACCCAGGGGAUAUUCAGAAUGGUGCUGUUCAGCCUGCAGCAUAUCCUCUUCCAAUGUCCCCUGACUCUGCCAGCGUGAGAAGUCCUAUAAACCCUCGCGCAGAUACCCUACCGCCGCCACCUCCACCAAAGAUCCCUCACAGUCCUAUGAGGCCAGUAUUCUCCGUUGGUGAGACUCCUCCACCACAUGUCCAACAGCAGGGCGGGUCCGAAUAUCAGCAAUACCAGCCUCCGCCGCCGGUGCAACAACCAGAGUACGAACAACACCCUACUGACGAGCCACCGCCUUCCUACUCUGGCCCUGGGGUUCCAAACGAAGGAAUGGACAAAGAACGAACUCGACCACCAAAUAUUAUGACUGACCCCGAAACCCGAGGUCGCGAGCGAGAGACUCGGACCCGCCAACCUUCCAUUGGCAUUCUUCAACACCCGCAACCUGCCUCCAUGGCUGCAUCCCCUCAGCGCUCGUCCGCAGACAUGGGUGCUGAUAUUCUCCGGCGGCAGCUUCUUGAGCAAGAGGAACGCGAACGUAUGGAGAGACUUCAGAGAGCCGAAUUGCAGCGCGUGGAGACUGAACGGGAGAGACAAGAGCGAGAGCGAGACAGAGCACGGGCAAGAGAGUUGGAGCGCAGCGUUUCAGGCGGUGGCAGAGUCGGAAGCUUGCGGAGUGUUGGAGGUAGCGCAAGGGGAAGAGGGCCUGGGUGGGAGAGAAGAGGUAGCACGGUAAGACCUGUGUUCGAGCUACCGGCUGAGGAGGACGAUGAACCGGUUAUGAGGGCGACUUCUUUCCCUGGGCAAGAGUGGGUUCCUACUUGGACGGAAGAUUGAUUCAUCGCGUAAGAUCCCUUUUCUGUGAAGGUGACA